CACACACACACAAGUGAAAGUGAACCUAGAAUAAAACCUGUGUCAGAGGACAGGAGAAAAGAUAAACAGGGUGGUUGUCGGGUAAAUCCAAAUUUGACUCUUCACUGAUUUCUCUUCUAACAACAUGAACGUGUCAAACACAAGGAGAAUUGUGAUGUUAGGAAAAACUGGAUCUGGGAAAAGCAGCCUGGCUAACACCAUAUUUGGAGAGGAACUGUUCACAAUCGGCCACAAUAGCGACUCUGAAACAAGUGAAUGUAAAGCAAAAACCAAAUCUGUCAACGGAAGAAGCAUCACUUUGAUCGACACUCCUGGUUUCUUCGACACAAAGAGAUCUGAGGAGGAGCUGAAGCUUGAGAUACUAAAGUGUAUCACAGAGUGUGCUCCUGGGCCUCAUGCUUUUCUCAUUGUGCUUAAAGUGGAGAGAUUCACAGAGCAUGAGCAGGCUGUCAUCACAACAAUAAACCAGCACUUUUCUGAAGAAGUUUUAAGAUAUGCCACAGUAGUCUUUACUCACGUCCUUGAUAAUAAAUACUGGAAGAACAACCAGCAGGAUGAAUACAAAAGCAACCAGUUCCAGGUGAAGGAGCUACUUAACACAAUAGAGAAGACGAUUGAGGUAAACAAAGGAAGCUGCUGCACCAAUGAGAUGCUACAAACAGUGGAGGAUGUAAUACAACUAGAGGUGGAGGCCAUUAGACCGUCAUCAGGAAACAUGUCAGAGGAAGAGAUCAGAGAGCAGACUAAGGGCAGCGUAUCUGAGAAGCUUUUGAUCAAAUUGGCAGGUACUGCAACAGGUAUAGUGUUAGGAGCUCUUUUUGGUGUAGGAGUGAGUGUUGGAACAGUUCUCAUAAUUACAAAGGGGCUGGUAUGA